GUCCAAAAACGAGUAAUGCGACUCUGUUAGAGACAGGGAGGCUUACAGGCGACCGCCACUAGGAACGCUUUCGUGCUUGCUCGUUAGAUAUGUUUUAAAACAGAGGCGGCGGUCUGCAGAAACGCUUUGUAAGAAUAGCAGUCGUUUUUUUAAAUUACAAAAUGCAAUUUUUAAUAUAAAGUCUUAUUUUUGUAAUGUGCAAAGCGGCAGGCUUUGCGCCAAGAGAAUAAAGCAAUCAAUCCCAGGUUAGCUUCAACGCAUGACACUGCUGAAGCAAAGCGAAAAAAAAAAACUGCAGCAAGCGGCACACAGUGGUGAGACUGAGCGAGUGCUGCGUAAUGUGCAGCCCAGCACCGCGGACUGCAGGGCACCCUUCGCGCUAACGGUACCAGGACGCGCUGCUGCUCUUUAAAAUAGCUUAACAUUAUUGUGAAAAAAAACUAAACGGAACCUGAUUAGCGCAACAAUGUUACACGUGCUGGUUUUGGGUGCUGUGUUUUUCCCUGGUUUAUUCCUUCUUGCCAGAAGAGUUCUGGCCAGCGUCUUCAAGCAGUGGAAUAACGCGGACCUGGUGCUUGUCAGCGAAAGGUGUGUGUCCACGGUCCAUGCUUUGCUGGCCACGAGCUCCGGCUUUAUUGUGGUCACAACGUGCAAGAAUGUGAUGACCGACAGGCACUGGCUUGCCACAACCUUCGUGUGGUUUGCAAUGCCCUACAUGGCUUACGAUAUCUAUGCCAUGUACCUGAGUCACUGGUACCGGUUCCAAGUGAAGGGCCACGAGGACUAUCAGGAGCACUCCUUCAGGACGCUGAACAUGUUUCUCAGGAGAGAAUGCCUGCUGGUGCUGCAUCACAUUGUCCUGCUGACCAUCCUGCUGCCUGUAACCUUGUUCUUCAGAAAUGAGCUGGGGGAUUUCUUUAUAGGAUGUCUGUUCACAGCAGAGCUUAGCACCCCCUUUGUAUCUCUGGGAAAGAUUUUAAUUCAGCUGGGGUUGCAGGACAGUGUCCUCCACAAGGUGAACGGUGUGAUGGUGCUGUUCACGUUCUUCCUGUGCCGGAUCCUGCUUUUCCCCUACAUGUACUGGGUGUACGGCCAGCAUUACAGCAUCCCAGUCUACCUUGUGCCCUUCCACCUGCCUCUCGCCCUCACGCUGGGCAACAUCUGCGUCUUGGCCCCUCAGGUCUAUUGGUUCGUCAUGCUGUGCAGAAAGGCCAUCCGACUGUACCAGCGCGAGCGCAAGAUGCGGGAAGCUGCCAGCAACUAGCACCCCCCCCCCCCCCCCCCCCCCCCCCACCCCUCCCCCCU